CAACCCAGGGAGCACAGGGCCUUGGCUCCAUCUUCUGCCAACUUCUCUUCGCACACGUCCUUCCCUCCACCAUGACCUGUGGCUUCAACUCCGUGGGCUGUGGCUUCCGCCCUGGAAGCUUCAGCUGCGCCUCGGCCUGCGGGCCCCGGCCCGGCCGCUGCUGCAUCUCCGCCGCCCCCUACCGCGGCGUCUCCUGCUACCGCGGCCUCUCCGGGGGCUUCGGCAGCCGCAGCGUCUGCGGGGCCUUCCGCUCGGGCUCCUGCGGACGCAGCUUCGGCUACCGCUCCGGGGGCGUCUGCGGACCCAGCCCGCCCUGCAUCACCUCCGUGUCCGUCAACGAGAGCCUGCUCACGCCCCUCAACCUGGACAUCGACCCCAACGCGCAGUGCGUGAAGCACGAGGAGAAGGAGCAGAUCAAGUGUCUCAACAGCAAGUUCGCAGCCUUCAUCGACAAGGUGCGCUUCCUGGAGCAGCAGAACAAGCUGCUGGAGACCAAGUGGCAGUUCUACCAGAACCGCAAGUGCUGCGAGAGCAACCUGGAGCCGCUGUUCGAGGGCUACAUCGAGACGCUGAGGCGGGAGGCCGAGUGCGUGGAGGCCGACAGCGGGAGGCUGGCCGCGGAGCUCAACCACGUGCAGGAGACCAUGGAGGGCUACAAGAAGCGGUACGAAGAGGAAGUCGCCCUCCGGGCCACAGCGGAGAACGAAUUUGUGGCUCUAAAGAAGGACGUGGACUGCGCCUACCUGCGCAAGUCCGACCUGGAGGCUAACGCGGAGGCGCUGACCCAGGAGACCGACUUCCUGAGGCGGCUGUACGAGGAGGAGAUCCGAGUCCUCCAUGCCCACAUCUCCGACACCUCGGUCAUCGUCAAGAUGGACAACAGCCGGGACCUGAACAUGGACUGCAUCGUGGCUGAGAUCAAGGCUCAGUACGAUGAAAUCGCCACCCGCAGCCGGGCUGAGGCCGAGUCCUGGUACCGCAGCAAGUGCGAGGAGAUCAAGGCCACUGUGAUCCGGCACGGGGAGACCCUGCGCCGCACCAGGGAGGAGAUCAACGAGCUGAACCGCAUGAUCCAGAGGCUGACGGCCGAGAUCGAGAACGCCAAGUGCCAGAACACCAAGCUGGAGGCGGCGGUGACCCAGUCGGAGCAGCAGGGCGAGGCAGCCCUCACUGACGCCCGCUGCAAGCUGGCCGAGCUGGAGGCCGCCCUGCAGAAGGCCAAGCAGGACAUGGCCUGCCUGCUCAAGGAGUACCAGGAGGUGAUGAACUCCAAGCUGGGCCUGGACAUCGAGAUCGCCACCUACAGGCGCCUGCUGGAGGGCGAGGAGCACAGGUUGUGUGAAGGCGUCGGGGCUGUGAAUGUCUGUGUCAGCAGUUCCCGUGGCGGAGUUGUGGGUGGAGACCUGUGUGUGUCAGGUUCACGACCAGUGACGGGCAGCGUCUGCAGCGCCCCGUGCAGUGGCAAUGUGGCUGUGAGCACCGGCCUGUGCGCCCCUUGUGGAAGUGGUUCCUGCUACCAGGGGAGGUGUUAGUGACCAAGAGAGAGCCAGAGGACAGCCCACCCUGCCAGGCUGAGCAUAGCUGCCUGACGGCUGCUCCCCUUGUGUUCUGAGAAUACACUGUGGCUGUUCCCAGCAGCCUCUCC